GCAGUUAAACAGGAAAUAGCAUAUCAAACUGGUUCUGCGUUUCCCAAAAUCAUCGUGAGCUUGGUCGUUAAAGUUUGUAUACGCUUAUUUCCUCUCUUGCAUCAAAUCUGAUAAAAUCAUAUUAUCUUACGUUAACAGUCAAUACUGUUGUUUUAAUAGGCACUAUUUAAAAUCGUUUGCGCGGUACUUCGUCUGUUUUCCAGUGUCCCUAUUCUGGCAUUACGUCACAACCAAAAACGACCUGUUAGACACAACCUACAAUGUAAAACUACAAAAGAAAAGUAUAAACAGGUCCACGAAAUCGAAAAUCAUGAUGGGGAAUUAUGGAAAGAGGAACUGAGAUCAACAAAAACCAGUCACGAGGUUGUUUGAUAUUUGCGAGAUACCAGAUAAAGCACCCACAGGAUGAGAGGAAUUGUUGCAUUUUACGUUACCUAUCUGCUGUGCCUGAUACUGGGGAUUGUCUGUGUGGUUUUAGUAGCUCACUGGAAUUACACCUACCGAGGUGGAUUUGCAUGGGACGGCUCAGCCAAGCAAUUCAACUGGCACCCGGUCUUCAUGGUCACUGGAAUGGUGGUUCUUUAUGGGAAUGCGGCCGUGGUGUACCGUAUUCCUCUGACAUGGGGUCACAAUAAGCUCCCGUGGAAGCUGUUACACGCUGGGCUUCUACUCCUUUCACUCAUUCUGUCUGUUAUCGGGCUUUGUGCAGUGUUCGACUUCCACAACAAAAACCAAACACCCAACCUCUAUUCCCUCCAUAGCUGGGUGGGGAUUUGUACCACUGCACUUUUCACUGCACAGUGGGUCAUGGGUUUUACCGCAUUCCUCUUACCUUGCACCCCAAUGGCUGCACGUGCUCUUAUAAAGCCAACUCAUGUUUGGAUGGGAGCAAUCAUCUUGGUACUGAGCAUUGUAUCUUGCAUCUCAGGGAUCAACGAAAAGCUCUUUUUUGCACUAAAAACAAACACCAAUGAGUCUUAUGCUGCAUUACCACCAGAGGCAAUAACUGCAAAUUCAUUGGGAGUCAUCAUUGUAGCGUUUGUAUUGGUUGUUUUGAAAAUCUUGUCCAAUCAGAUAUGGCAGCGUCCUGAGCCAGGCUAUGAUGAGGGAAUUUACAGGCCACUGGCGUAUGAUGGAAGCUGAUGUCUCAAAGCUGAAUGUCUGAAAAAUAUUUAUUUGCAUUCUGACUGAUUGGCUUUCUUCAGUCGAAUAGAAGUCCACUGAAAUUCCAUCCAUUGGUCUUUGUAUUUCUAAUUAUACUUAGCACUACUGGGAAGACAUGUAAAAUCUUCUCUUUGUGUUUUUGCUUAGAUUUGAUUGUGCUGCUGCUGCUUAAAAUUGUGUAGAGCAUAAGGAAAAACAAAAUAAAUAAUCACUGCUGAUUGUAUUUUGUGCUAAUUUUUAAUUGAGAAAACCUCUCUAUAUAAUAAAUGAUUAAAAUCAUUUUUAUAAAA